AUGUCAAACACACACGCUGGCUCCAACAACUUCUGGGCCGACUUUCUCCUCGGAGGAGUGUCGGCUGCCGUGUCCAAGACGGCGGCCGCGCCCAUCGAGCGGGUUAAGCUGCUGUUGCAGAACCAGAAUGCCAUGAUCAAGUCUGGUCGUCUGGAUCGACCCUACGCCGGUGUGAUCGACUGCUUCAGGCGUGUCAAUGCCAACGAAGGGCUCAUCUCUUUCUGGCGGGGAAACACGGCCAACGUGAUCCGCUACUUUCCGACGCAGGCGCUUAACUUUGCGUUCAAGGACUACUACAAGCGCAUGUUCAAGUACGACAAGAACAAGGAGUACACCAAGUGGUUCCUGGGCAACAUUGCGUCCGGAGGACUGGCGGGGGGUACCUCGCUCUUCUUUGUCUACUCGCUCGACUUUGCGCGUACGCGUCUGGCGAGCGAUGGCAAGGGCGCCAGUGGGCAGCGCCAGUUCAACGGGCUCAUCGAUGUCUACCGCAAGACGCUUGCCUCGGACGGGAUUGCAGGUCUGUACCGAGGCUUCGUGCCCUCGCUCGGCGGAAUCGUCGUCUACCGUGGCUUCUACUUCGGUCUCUACGACUCGCUCAAGCCAGUCGUCCUUGUGGGUCCGCUCGAGGGCAACUUUUUGGCGUCCUUCUUGCUCGGUUGGGCCUCGACCGCAAGCGCUAGUACGGUGGCCUACCCGCUCGACACGGUACGCCGUCGCAUGAUGAUGACCUCGGGUACAGGCCAGAACUACAAGAACAUGGGCGUCGCUCUUGUCGAAAUUAUCCGCAACGAGGGUGCUUAUACGCUGAUGCGUGGUGCCGGAGCCAACAUCUUGCGUGGCGUUGCCUCAGCCGGUGUUCUAUCGAUCUACGACCAGGCACAGAUUCUGUUGAAAAAGUCGGCAAGUGCGGUUCAGGAGACCACGGCAACCCAGAAGUCGUCCUGA